GAUCGUUUUAGUUAUUCACCUGCUGACACGCCGAAUAUACGGCUUCUAUUUUCUCAUUAGCAUCACUGUCAUUCUUCAGACGACACUUGCCGUGAUCGCACAUGUGAUGCGAGUCCAUUGCUAGACCGACAUUGCGUUAAAAAAGUGCCGAGUGACACAAAAUUUCAAACUUUCAUAAUCUUUGCUUGUGAUAUAACAAACAUAUUUGUUUGUAAACACUCGUCACAAUAUUUAAUUUUAUUUAUACCAUAUCUUGAUAUUUUACGACGAGAAUGACAGCGCAACAAAUCUUUCUAAUCGCAUUUUUUUAUAUAUAUGUACAUUUCUCGCAUGGCUUUACGAAAGAUGACGAUAUUUGUUAUUGGCAUCAUCCACACGCCAAUGAUUAUCCCGAAUGUGAUUUUCUGAAAAGUCGGCAACGUCUCGUUUGUUUUAACGGUCUUGAAGACGAAUGGAGAGAAAAGGCUGAAAAUGUACAGAUUCUUAUUCUUUGCGAGUGGCCAAAAGCAACGUUUGAUCCGCAUGAGGUUCUACGGGGAUUCACGUUCUUGCGAAAGUUAAUAAUCGCGAACAGUAAUUUAACUCAAUUGUCAACUGCAUUUCCGAUCAAUGCGCAAUUAAUCGAGAAAAUCAAUGUGACCGAUACCAAACUGCAUACGUUUCCUAAAGAUGCGUUUUCUAAUCUGCGAUCUUUGAGAUGUCUUGACUUAAGAAACAAUGCUCUCGAAGAGAUUAACAUAACAGCUUUCAAUAUGUCUGCAUUAAAACGUGUUCUUCUGGCUGGUAAUCCAUUGAGAUGUACGGAGGAUACAGCGUGGAUUUUGGACCCCAACGAAGGAUCAGCCGCGAGCAAAGUCGUCGACAAAGACAAAUUACUUUGCGCUACGCCGUAUGAUGGAAGACCGCUUCUCCCGAUCGUCGAGAUAAUCGCGACGUUGAAAAAGGAAUGCAAACAAACAGUUUGUGAUUGCGAAUUGAUUUAUGUCGUUGGACGUGCUGGCAAGAGAGAGUUUACGCAUAAACAGCUUAUAGCUUUUACAUCAGUCAAUUGUAGCCAUCGCGAUCUAACUGAAAUGCCAAAUUUUUUACCCGCAAAUACGACCACCCUUCGUCUAACUGGAAAUAAGAUCAAGGACUUAACUCCACUCACGACAAAUCCCGCUUACAAGUCGGUUCUGGAUCUUUACAUAGACGAUAAUCUAGUAGAAUCUAUCGUUCGACUAGAAGGAUCAGAUUGGCUAGACCAUUUUCGACUCCUUAAUCUUCGGGGGAAUAAACUGAUCGACUUGCCUACUUACGCCCUGGAAAACGCAUUGUUGCACAACGGCAAUGUAGCUGGCUUAUAUCUCGGCAAUAAUUCGUGGACAUGCGACUGCCAUUUUACACCGAGUUUUCAGGAUCUCUUAAUCAGGCAUUCAAAUGUAGUAAAAGAUAUAAAUGACAUAAGAUGCGCUAUCACGAGCGACAACGAUAACUCGAACAAGCAGAUUCGCGAUCUUACGCGGACAGAGAUCUGCAUUUCAGCGGAUGAAGAUUCUUGGUUUCAUCCUCUCGACAUUUUGAACAUUGUGUUAGCGUUAUUAAUAUUCCUCGUGCUCGGUAAGCUUUUGUACGAUUAUUGGUCUUUCAAGAAAACUGGAAAGCUACCUUGGAUCGUCGCCAAAAUACCAUGAUAAUGCUACAAAUGCCUUUUAUCUCGUGUAAAAAGGAUCACGUGCUUAAUUAUUAGAGUAAUGAAGAUUGUAAUAAAUUCUUUGCAUUAAAAUACUUUCUUAAUUA